GUAAUCCAGAACUACCAACAGCAGUUAAUAUAACUUGGUCUUCAAUCAAUUUUAAAACUAUACUACGAUGGCAACCAAAACCGUCAGGCUACUUCUAUACAGUAGAAAUACAUGGACAGACUUCUGACACCAAAAAAAAAUGCAUACUGACAACAGAAACAGAGUGUGAUGUUACUGAUGUACUCAGGAAUGUAAAUGAGACCUAUACAGCACACAUACUGUCUGUAACGCCCUCGGAGAUGGACAACUUUGAAGAACCACCUUUUGCAGUCUCUGAAAAAUUUACACCUUAUAGUCAGACUGUUCUAGGAAGACCGGAGAUACAGAAUUACACCCAAAAAGGUUCCAAACUAAAUGUUGUGUUCCAAGAUCCACUUACACCAUAUACAUUCCCUAAUGGAAGCUUUCAGAAUAUUCGAGAUAUUUUCCAGCAUGACCUGGAAUACAAAAUCUAUUACUGGAAGGAUCAAAGUUCUGGAAAGAAAGAUGCAACAACAAAAAGCCAUACAUUUGAAGUAAGCGUUGACAGCACAAAAAACUAUUGCUUCUACAUACAGGGAAUCAUUCCUUCCCGCAGAGAAAACCGCAACGGUCAAGAAAGCGUGGUGCUUUGCACAAGUGUGGGAAGAACCAUCUUGGAUGAAUACGGAGCAGAAGUCUUUAUCAUCAUAGCAGUGAUAGCAAUCACAGUCAUCACUCUUGCCAUUGUCCUGUCAGUGAUCCUGUGUAAACGCAAGAAAGCAAAAGCUGCAAGAGAAAAGGAACCACUUAAUGGUGUCUAA